UUAGCCAAUGUUCAUCACAGAGUUCUGACCGAUCCGCAUGCAUAUGUUUGAUUUUAGGCAUGGAAUAUCUAAUUUUUGACAUGACGAUCAACUUGACAUACUUGUGAUCAUCACUAGGAAAAGAAGUCCACAUCGUGAAGAAGAAUGAGAGAACUUGGUAAUGACCUUCCCUUGAUGGGUAACAGCCAUGAGAUCACCGCACACCACUUCAUCCUUGACCUUGAUGUUGACAUGGACCAAAAGGUCAUCAACGGAAUCAUCACACUAUUUCUCAAACCUUCCUAUAGACAGAUACACGGCACAGAUUUCGUUGUCAAGAAAGUUUCAAAUGCACACAAAUGUGAAAAGGAGAGUUAUGAAGGCUGCUGCCCCCAAGACGUCAACCAAGAAGCCAGCGGCCAAGAAGUCUACAAAGAAGUCUCUGGCCAAGAAACCUGCUGCCAAGAAAGCUGCCACCAAAAAGACUCAGACAAAAAAGGCCGCCAAGAAAACGGCGCCCGCCAAGAAGGCGACAAAGCCCAAGAAGAAGACUGUAGCAAUUGUGAAAAAAACAAAGAUCCUGCAGGUUCUAGUGGCUUCAAACUUGAAUUUGAACUUGAAGGGAACACACCUGUAUCCAAUGGUAACAGCUUUUUCGACUCCAGCUCUAAACCAGAGAAAGAAACAAGCAGAAGCGAGAAAGUUUCAGGCACAGAACCCGAUGCAAGGACAGAAUUCGAAGGUGUUGGUACUAGUUCAGUUGACCAAGUAGGCACUAGUGUUGAAACACUUAACAAUGUUUCACUCGGAUCGUGUAAUCUGGAUUCUUUUGAUACAGCCGCUGUUGAGUCAAGUAAAGUCAAGGAUUGUUGCACUCAGUCAGAUAGCAAAACUCAUGGGGACUUUCAGUUGAUUCUUGACUGCUGUGAUAUUGAAAUUCUGCAUGUUGAAGAGGUCCUCUUUACUCAAGAUGAGAUAAAAAGGAAAGCUGGGAGAAUAGAGAGUAACGCUAUUCUUAAGUCGUCAAGUAAAAAAUAUUCUGAGGCUACACAAAGCAAUGUGUUGGAACGGGAAGAUGGCUACAAUUCAUGCAAUGGUAGGCAGGACACUUUUGACAUAUUCUCAAAACUUAUGACAGAUUCAAAGCAAAAUCUGGCACAAGAGAGAAAGGCAAACUUAUCACAUAAUGAUGAGAGUUUACAGAAUCCAGAAAGGCAUAUUGAUCAUACCUACUGUAACAAUUACAACAGUGCACAGAGCUGUGUCGAAAAUUGCAGAACCACCACAUUUACCGCUACACCUGGAAAAAAUACAGCAACUACAGCAGAAUUUCACAAUGAUCAUGACUAUUUAGAAUCAAAGAAAUCCGUUUUGCAACAGACUUUAAGAUUAGAAUUCGGCAGCAAUGGUGAAGAUGUGGCAAGGGAUGAACAAUCUGAGAAAAAUUUUGACAUAUGUGAAGAGGAUUUCAAAAGGGAAUGCUAUAUUCCAGAACUCAAUCCUACUGCAAGCAAGGAGGAAGCCAAAGAGGUGUUCGCUACUUUUAUGGGAAUCCACAACUGUUCAUCGGGAAGACCCCUGCAUCACAGAGUGGACCCCUGGUGUGUGCGUAUCUGGAGGGAGGGGGUCAGGGACAGGGAGACCUUCCCCAGGGUGGUGCGCAUCAAGUACAGAACCACCCCCGAGGGGCGGUCCCUCACAUGGGUUACAGACCAGGAUGGGAAGCCUUGCAUGUUCACCCAAGGUUCCUGCAUCAACAACCGCUCCCUCUUCCCCUGUCAUGACUUCCUCACUAUGGCAACCUGGCAGGCUGUUGUCCAUGCCCCACAUGGUGCCACGGUCCUCAUGAGUGGGGAGGAGCCUGGGGUGCCAUGGCAACGAGAGGCUGUUGCUUGGCAACCAGAUGCUGUCACUAAGCAACCAGAUGCUGUCAAUAACAACAAGCUGGCACAGAAGCAACUACAGAAGUAA